UUAGCUUGGCCGUUACACGUGUUUUCAGCUGUUACACAACCGAAAAUCUGGUUGCGUAAGGAUUACCUCAUUGGUGUAACAACAUGUGACCUAAUGCUUAUUACACAACACAGAAAAGGGCGUGAAUAGAUAGACAUUUUCACGUGUUUUUUCAGUGUAACACAACCUGUACAAGACAGACUGAAACAUGGCGCUCUCCCCCCUACUCCCGUUCGCUGUAGCUCUACUGUCGGUAACCUACGUGGAAGGGCAGGUACCGGGCUUCGGGAAAUGUCCAACUGUGAACGUGCAACAAAACUUCGACCUAAGCCAGUACCUUGGCUUAUGGCAUGAGGUUGAGAAGUUCCCAUUCGUCAUCGAAGGUGCGGGUACGUGCAUCACAGCGAACUACACACUGAAGCCAGACGGGCACGUCAGGGUGGAGAAUGCAGAAAAAGUGAACGGGCAAAUGAAUGUUGCCGUGGGCGAUGCCUACAUUCCUGACCCCAAAGAGGCGGCUAAACUGGCCGUGCGAUUUAAUGGCGCCCCGUAUGGAGCCUACUGGGUUCUGAAGACAGACUACAAGACCUACACCCUCAUCUGGUCCUGUUCUGAAGUACUGGGAUUGGGUAACGUCCAGUUCAUGUGGAUUCUCGCGAGAGAGCACGAGAUCGACCCAGCCCUGAAGGCCGACCUUCACAAGCUCGCCACCGGAUACGGAAUUGACGUCAGUCACAUGACAACUACCGACCAAUCGGGUUGCGCCAACUGAACAUUCUUGCCAUACUAAAAUAACUAAACGUUGGCAGCAAAAUAGGUCCAAAAAUAUUCUUUUCAUGUCAUUUUCAACACUGCUGCUUCCAUACUAGUGGCUUUGGAUGAUAUUUUGAAUAUUAUCUAUUAUAACAACAACCAAUGCAACAAGGUGUUAUUAUUUUGUGUAUGAAUGAAUAAUAAAACAACACAAAGUGAAUCUAC